CAUGAACGGGCAAAAGCGUUUGUCUGGUCGCCGUUGGAGUGUGAAUUGCUGGACGCCGCGAUGAGAUGAAGUCGACCGACCUCACGUGACUAAUUUCCAUGCCGCAUCGAACACGGAGUUGGUCCAAGCUCCGCGGGUUAUCGCGCAGUUGGCUCACUUAUCGUCAUGCCGUCCAUUUGAUGCCACGGGGUGUUCGUCUUUAGUUAUUGGUUUGCAAUUUGGGUGUUUGAAUUUUCGUUGAAUUGAAUAAUUUGAUAUUUCACCAUGUCGGCAGCAGGCCGCGAACCAGUCUUCCCGACUCGCCAGUCGUUGGGUUUGAUGAAGAGCAAGCUUAAGGGUGCAGAGACUGGCCACAGCUUAUUGAAGAGAAAAAGUGAAGCUUUGACGAAGCGCUUUCGAGACAUCACCCGGCGCAUUGAUGAAGCAAAACGAAAGAUGGGACGAGUCAUGCAAGUGGCUUCCUUCUCCCUGGCGGAGGUGACCUAUGCCGUUGGAGGGGACAUUGGAUACCAAAUCCAGGAAUCCGCCAAACAGGCACGAUUCCGUGUACAGGCUAAGCAGGAGAACGUGUCUGGUGUCUUCCUGCCUCAAUUCGAGGCGUAUCAGGAGGAGGGAAUAAACGACUUCGGUUUGACUGGUCUUGGGAAAGGUGGUCAGCAGGUUCAACGCUGCCGGGAGACCUAUGCUCGCGCGGUAGAGACACUGGUGGAGCUGGCAAGUCUACAGACUGCAUUCCUAAUUCUUGAUGAGAUGAUCAAGGUGGUCAACCGGAGAGUGAACGCAAUUGAGCAUGUCAUCAUUCCUCGAACUGAGAACACAAUCAAAUAUAUCAACUCCGAACUCGAUGAGCUCGACAGAGAAGAAUUCUACCGACUUAAGAAGGUCUCGAAUAAGAAGCAGAGAGACACUGCCGCGCAAGACGCGGAGAUCCUGGCUGCCAGACAAAAGGCGGCUGAGAAGGAUACGGGUGAUGUUCCUGAUGUGCUCGGGGACCAAGAAGAUCAAGAUGUGAUCUUUUAGAAGUUGUUUCCUUUCCCUUGUUUCCGUUGCUAUGUAACUAGUCUUUUUUUUUUUUUUUUCCCGUUUUGUC